AUGUGUUUGCCCACCGCAGGACAGAUCUCCCUGAAACACUGGUCCGCUGCGGUAGAGGCUGUGCUUCAGCUGGGCCUGCCCUGGCGGGUGCUACGCCCCCAGCUGGUGACCAGUACACAGGAUGGGUUGCUGGACUAUCAGGCGUGGUUUUGUGAGCUUGCCAUCACUGAGCCGAGGACUGAGCUUGUUCACCAGAAUCUUCUUGAGACUAUGUACAAGCAUCACUCCAACCUUGAGACCAUCUUUAGAAUCAUUGACACUGAUCAUUCAGGGUUCAUCUCCUUCGAAGAGUUUCAUCAGACAUGGAAGCUGUUCAGCUCCCAUUUAAACAUGGGGAUAAGUGACAAGGCAAUCUCAGACAUGGCAGUCAGCAUUGACUUCAACAAAGAUGGGAAAAUUGACAUCAACGAGUUCAUGGAGGCCUUCCGCCUAGUGCACAGGACUAUGAAGCACCCAGCCGAAUGCGAAGAUUCAAGUGCGAGCCUUUUGCAGUCUACAUUUCAAUAAAUGCGUACUUAUUGAAACACAUGGAGGUUUAUAAGGUUAUAAGCUAAAGGACCACCAUAGGUUUGCUGAAAAUCCUUGCUUAAAAUGAAGUGAACCCAAUAUAUCAUUUUCACAGAAUACUGAAAUAGACACAUUUCCCCCCAUUUCUACCUCUGCUAUGCCAGAUUUACCAAUAAAAAAUACAGGUGCCACUGUACACCCUCUGAUUUUUCAAUAUUGGGCAGAUUUAUACAAAAUGUAUACUUGCCUCAAUUUCUAGUUGGAAUCGUGUGCUGGCAACUGUGUCAAAUAAUCCUCAUAAUGAUUUGGAAACCGAUUUACUGGAGCAUUGUCAUAUUCAGCUAAUCUGCUGAAUAUGACAAUGAGUAUAAGAUUUAAACAAGGUCAUUUGGCUAACUUCUGGAUUAGAAUUGAUUUGGGUUCUGGUUUUUAUGCAAAAAGGUUCCAUAUUUAAUGUAAAAAAAAGUCAAAGAUUUUGGUUGUUAUGAUGUGAUAAUUGCAUACUUAUUAUUCCAAAUAGGCAAAGAGACUCAGACAAACUUUAUUGAAUAACAUUGCUUUAAUCUUGGGGUACACUGCACUUCUGGACAGAUAUGUUGGCUUUCCAUAUGUAUUAUUACAGAACAAUAGAAGAACGUAGCUCUGCAUUAUAUCCAUCAACAAAUCAACACCGUGCCAAUUCCAGGAAUAGGCUGCCUAAUGCUGAAAAUGAUAAA